CCCGGGGUCCCUUCCUUACCUGGGGCAGUCCCCGCCCAGCCGGCCGCUAGAGACGGAAACAGUCGCACCUGGGGCCAUGGAAGCGGGCCCGACGUGGGAACCGGAGGCCUGGGGCUCCUCCGGAGGCUGGCCGGCACCCCGGGGGGCCAGAGCAGGCCCCUCGCUCUCCUCUGUGCUGAAUGAGCUCCCCAGUGCCGCCACCCUUCGGUACCGAGGACCCGGGGUUCUCCCCUGGGGGGCAUCGGGGGAGGAGGAAGAAGAUGGAGAGAGCAACAUCCAGGCCAUGGCCGAAGCCGCCCAAAAGGAGCUGGGAGAACCCAUCCCCUCCAGGGAACUCCCCUGGCCCAUGCAGGCCCGCCGGACCCACAGGCAGAGCCAUGCCAGGGACAAAGUGGCCCAGGGAUCGGGUUCCAGGGUGGCCCAGUGGGCCCUGCGGCUUCGGCGGUCCAAGGAGAAGACCCAGGAACGCCUGCACACCUUGCAGCCCUGGGCGUGGACGCUGAAAAGGAUCGGGGGCCAGUUUGGCGCCGGCACCGAGUCCUACUUCUCGCUACUCCGCUUCCUGCUGCUUCUCAACGUGCUGGCGUCCGUGCUGAAGGCCUGCAUGACACUGCUGCCCACCUGGCUGGAGGGGACGCCCCCGGGUCCCCCUGGCCCUGACACCUCCUCACCCUGCGGCUUCUACAACCCCGACCCCCAAGGCCUGGUCACCUUCCCCACCCACCUCUUCAGCUUGCUCUCAGGAGUGGGUUUUCUAGAAUGGUCUCCUCUCUUCUAUGGGUUCUACCCACCCCGCCGACACCUAGCGGUCGCCUACCUGUGCUCCGUCUUUGUCAUUGGCCUUCUGCACCUGGUGCUCAUCCUCCACCGCUCCGUGUCAGGACUGAAACAGACGUUGUUGGCUGAGUCCGGGGCCCUGACCAGCUACAGCCACCGCGUGUUCAGCGCCUGGGACUUCGGGCUCCGUGGGGAUGUCCACGUGCGGCUGCGCCAUCGCAUCAUCCUGUACGAGCUGCAGGUGGAGCUGGAGGAGGCCGUGGUACGGCGCCAGGCAGCAGUGCGGACCCUGAGCCAGCAAGCCAAAGUGUGGUCGGUGCGGGUUCUGCUCAAUCUGCUGGUGAUUGCGCUCCUGGGAGCAGCCUUCUACGGGGUCUACUGGGCUACAGGGGCCACUGUGAAGCUGCAGGAGAUGCCCCUUGUCCAUCAGAUGCCACUGGUGAAGCUUGGGGUGGAUUACCUUCCGUCCAUCUUCAUCUCUGGGGUCAACUUCUUGUUGCCACCUGUGUUCAAGCUCAUCGCCCCGCUGGAGGGCUAUACCAGGAGCCGCCAGAUUGUUUUUAUCCUGCUCAGGACCGUGUUUCUCCGCCUGGCCUCCCUGCUGGUGUUGCUCUUCUCUCUUUGGAAUCAGAUCACUUGCGGGGGCAAUGCUGAGGCUGAGGAGUGCAAAACCUGUGGCUACAAGUACAAAGAACUACCGUGCUGGGAGACUCGGCUGGGGCAGGAGAUGUACAAACUCCUGAUCUUUGAUCUGCUGACUGGACUGGCUGUCAUGCUGCUCAUCCAGUUUCCUCGGAAGCUGCUCUGUGGCCUCUGUCCCGGGCCGCUGGGACGCACGGUGGGAACCCAGGAGUUCCAGGUGCCCGACGAGGUGCUGGGACUCAUCUACGCGCAGACGGUGGUUUGGGUAGGGAGUUUUUUCUGCCCUUUACUACCUAUGCUCAACACGGUCAAGUUCCUGCUACUUUUCUAUUUCAAGAAGUUCACCCUUUUCUCCACCUGCUCUCCGGCCUCCCGCACCUUUCGGGCCUCCACAGUGAACUUCUUUUUCCCCUUGGUCCUUCUUCUGGGUCUGACCAUCUCUGCCGUUCCCGUCCUUUAUAGCAUCUUCUUGAUCCCACCUUCUAAGCUGUGUGGCCCCUUCCGAGGUCAGUCGUCCAUCUGGGCCAAGAUCCCUGAGUCAAUUUCCAGUCUCCCUCGGAUCACCCAGAACUUUCUCUUUUUCCUGGGGACCCAGGCUUUUGCUGUGCCUCUUCUGCUAAUCUCCAGCAUCCUGAUGGUGUAUACCUUGGUCUUGGCUAACUCAUAUGGACGUCUCAUCUCUGAGCUCAAACGCCAGAUAGAGACGGAGGCGCAGAAUAAGGUCUUCCUGGCACAGCGCGCUGUGGCACUGAGCUCGGCCAGCGGGGCUCUUUGACCUCCCCUACCCUUGCUCAGGACGAUGUCCCACUUCCUGACCCAGACCUGCCCCCCCAGACCCUUUGUAAGCCUCCGGCACGUCAUCUGUAAAAUGGAGGAAGUGGAGAAAACCCAUGCCCUUAACAGCCUUGGGAUUCGGGGAUUCCCAGGACUCUGAAGCUCCCCCACCCUUGGACUCCAGUGAACGUCUCUCUUUUAUUAAUAAAGAUGGCCCAGCUUGCA